AUGACUGGGACACGCCUCUUCCGUCCAGUUUACAUGCAACAUGGUCAGAAAUCGCCACAGAUCUCAACACUGUUGUUUGAGAGACGUCACUGCGCCGCCAGCUCAUACAAUCUGUUGAAGGAACUGGAAGUGAUCCAACAGAGUGUCCGAAAUAAACACGUUGACCAAUACAAACACUUGGAAAUACUGUCCAACACACGACAACCCCGCAGACCUGCUGACACGUGGGGUAUCAGCAAACGUCUUCAUGAAGAGCAGCAUUUGGCAAACGGGGGGCCCGAGUGGAUCACAGACACGAGGAGGUGGCCUAUAUGGGAGACGGAACCGCUACUUGUCAACACUAUUUUAGAUGAACACGCCGGAACAGAGAUGGUGCCGAGUCACGUGCUACAUACAGAUAUAUCUACCGGGUCUCUACUUAACCUUCAGAGCGUUAUCAACAUUUCUGACUACAGUUCCUACCGAAGACUCCUGCGCGUGACAGCUCUUGUACAAAGAUUUGUCAAAAAUUGCAAACUUCCACACAAAGAACAAAUUUACGGAACAGUAAUUGCAAAUGAACUCCGAUGUGCUGAAAAUCUGUUACUUCGGCAUUGUCAAGCCACAGAAUACAAUGAUGAAAAAAAAAGUUUGAAAUCACGAAUGUUUCGCAUCCCGCUUGUGAAACAACUUCGUCUGUUUAUCGACAGUGACGACAUUAUUCGAUGUGGUGGAGGAAUUAAUAACGCUCCACUAUCGGAGAUGACGAAGUUUCCGAUAUUGUUACCGAAAAAACACCACAUCACACGGUUGAUUGUCAAAGAUGCGCACAUCACACAUCUGAACUCGGGUGUCAACGCAACUGUGACACAUAUACGACAGAAGUAUUGGAUUCCAGCGAUAAGACAGUGUGUGCAGACAGUCGUCCGGAAGUGCGUCACUUGCCGCAGAGUCGUUGGACGAGCCUUCAGAGUCCCCGAGCCGCCGCCAUUACCGAAGAUGAAAGUUGAAGACACGCCGCCCUUUACAGUAACGGGGGUAGAUUUCACGGGCGCUCUAUACGUAAAGCAGACAAACGGAAAUGAAACAAAAGCAUACAUUUUUCUUUUCACUUGUGCUAUUACUCGAGCCGUCCAUCUCGAAGUUGUCACCGAUCUAACAAAGGAAUCGUUUUUAUGCGCAUUUAGAAGAUUUGUUAACCGGAAGUCACUGCCGAAAUUAAUAAUCUCCGACAAUGCUACCACGUUUGUAGCAGCGUCUAACCAUUUGAAGACGCUAAUGGAGUCUACAUCAGUCCAAGAAACAUUGAGCGGUAUGGGAAUAAAGUGGCGUUUCAUUCCACAACGCGUCUCAUGGUACGGGGGAUGGUGGGAGCGACUUAUUGGUUUAACGAAAGUCGCUCUGAAAAAAGUACUUGGUCGAGCAUACGUCACACUUGAGUCUCUACAGACAAUCGUCACAGAAAUCGAGGCUGUACUUAACGAUCGGCCAUUGACAUAUGCAUCAACAGAUCUUAACGACCCCGCGCCCAUCACGCCGUCACAGCUGUUAUACGGUCGCCGAGUUACAACGCUGCCUCACGAUGACGUCACAGUCGAUGCCGGGAGUACUGUCGCUGCAGCCGACCAUGCUGCAUUUAACCGCAUGGCAAGGCGACGUGAGCUGCUCAUACAACAGUUCUACAGACGCUGGAAGACUGAGUACCUGACGUCACUCCGCGAGCACCACCGAAUGUCUGGUUCCAACACGCAGCCGAUCAACACCGGGGACGUGGUGCAGAUCUAUGAUGAUGGCCCUAGAUGUCGAUGGAAACUUGCCGUGGUCGUCGAUGUUGUAACCGGAAGGGACGGGCAUGUUCGCGCGGCCAAAGUGCGAACCAGUAACGGACUGUAUACCCUUAGGCCAAUAGCAAAACUUUAUCCACUGGAAGUGAUAAGUGCCAAUGGAAACUGA